UUAAACGCUGUAGACUGUGAUAUAUCAGGAAUGAUUUCGAAGAGAAAGCCACUCAAGCUCAAAUAUCAUAAAAAAGUGUACAGUGAGACAGUGCAAAAAAGUAAACAGGGAAAAAAGGUUUUGGGGCUUGGCUGCUCUAUAUACAACACAUGCAAAUCCCUGAUACAGAAGGACACUCUGAGGCAGUCAUACGACUGUAUCUUACAACCGGUUCGUAACGAGAGCUCGCCCCAUUACACACGUCUCAAUUUAACGAAAGAACACAGGGAAGUUGCCGCGAAUGCCUUGGCCUGUGCUUGGGAUGUAGUGGCCGCUCAUCCUUCCAACAUUGAAGCUCUGGAUGAUGCAGCUGCGUUGACACGCCGAGUUGUACUGACUUUUGGAUGGACUUAACUGAAUAAACCGUUAA